AUGCCACGAGGAAACUUCAAGAGAGGCGGUCGCGGCGGCGGAGGUCGCGGUAGAGGUGGAGGAGGUGGUGGAGGACGUGGCAGAGGCGGCGGAGGAGGAGGCGGGCAGCGACAGUUCCAAGACAACCGGGUCUCCUUUGAUCAGAUCAACAAGACCAACGAAAAGUUCGAGCGGUACUACAACACCAUCAACAUCGUGCCGGCCGGCGAAGAGAGAGAUGCAUUCUGGGCCGCCCUCAAGAAGGAACUACCCAACUCGUUCCGUUUCACUGGUUCCAAAGGUCACGCUUUGAGCGUCCGCGACAACAUGGUGAAUCGGUACUUUCCGUUGAUCAAAGAGAUUCAACAUGACGGGCGCCCUGUCGAGCUCCCACGACAGAUGCCUUGGUAUCCGAAUGGCCUUGCCUACAGCAUGGCUACGCCGAAAAACGUGGUCAGAAAAUACGAGCCGUUCAAGGAAUUCCAGCGGUUCUUGGUCAGUGAGACUGGUGUCGGGAACAUCAGUAGACAAGAACAAGUCAGCAUGAUUCCACCACUCUUAUUGGAUGUGGAACCUCAUCACACUGUAUUGGAUUUGUGCGCCGCUCCUGGCAGCAAGAGCGCACAGUUGGUAGAGCUUAUCCACGCUGGAGAGGAAGAGCGAGUUGAGCGGGCCAUCAAACGCGCUCGAGGGGAGGCUGGUAACGAUGGGGUCGCGUCAAGCGGGCAAGAGUCAGAGGACUCGGGUCGCUCCACCGGGAUGCUGAUCGCAAACGAUGUGGACUACAGACGAGCCCAGAUGUUGAUCCACCAGGUCAAGCGUCUCAACUCGCCCAACUUGAUUGUGACCAACCACGAUGCUACCAUGUUUCCCUCAAUUGAGCUUCCCAGCACCACACUCCAGAGCGGGCAGAAGCAGGGCAAAUACCUCAAAUUCGACCGCGUCCUGGCAGAUGUUCCGUGCAGUGGUGAUGGUACAUGCAGGAAGAAUCCCAACAUCUGGAAGGACUGGCAGCCACAGAACGGGCUAGGACUCUAUCUCACUCAGGUGAGAAUUCUGACCCGGGCACUACAAAUGCUAAAGGUCGGCGGCCGUGUGGUCUACAGUACUUGCAGCCUGAAUCCAGUGGAGAACGAGGCCGUUGUGGCUUCGGCCAUUGAGCGAUGCGGAGGCUCAACAAAGGUCAAGCUGGUGGAUUGUUCCGACCGCCUACCCGGACUACUCCGCAACCCCGGUCUGACUGACUGGAGUAUCAUGAACAGGAAGGGUGAAAUCUACGAGUCAUGGCCUGAAGCGCAGCAAUACGAGACGGCAGAAAGCAAGCUUGCGCCUGGGAUGUUCCCACCAGGGCCGGAAGAGGAGAUCCCACUUCAACACUGCAUGCGCGUCUACCCGCAGCAACAGGACACCGGCGGUUUCUUCAUCGUUGCGAUGGAAAAGCUGGGCGAUAUCCGUGCAAAGGCGGAAGCCGAUAGCAAGUCUGCGAACAAAAGCUGGUCGUUCACACCUCCUGAAGCUCCUACGACUGCUUUCACGGAGCUCCUGGACGAGGUUUCCAGCGGUCAGAUCAACAAGCCCGUCACUGUUUCGGGAGGACCAACAGACACGGCUUCGGCUGCAGAGCGACAGAAUGGUACGGAAGACGUUGUCGCCGGAGCUGGAAUUAAGAGAGCUGCUCCUGUCGACGGCCCAGACUCACUCGCGGCAAAGAAGCCCAAGUUUGGUGAAGAUGUGCCUGAUCGCCUGGAGACCAGACCUCUCCCACCAAGUGUUGCCCUUGGUGUAGAGGCGAAUGGAGUUGAGCCCGCGACCAACGUCGUCGACAAUGUACAAGACGUCGAAAUGAAAGAUGAGCUGAAGGAAGGUGCGCCCUUUGAGCAAUCAGUCCGCCCGGUGGCAGUGCCAAAGCGACGAAGAGACGACAACGGUAACGACGAGGCGUUCAAGUAUCUCGCGACAGAUCAUCCAGAGCUGCUCUCAAUCUACAAGUUCUACGAGCUGUUACCGGACUUCCCUCGGGAUCGCUUCUUGGUCCGCAACCCAUCUGGAGAUCCCGUGAAGGGCAUUUAUUACACCUCUCAACUGGUCAAGGAGAUCCUCAUCAGCAACGAGAACCGUGGUAUGAAGUUUGUCCAUGGCGGUGUCAAGAUGUUUGCAAAGCAAGAUGCACAAGGUCAGGACAUMUGCAGAUGGAGAAUUCAAACCGAAGGCCUGUCCAUUAUCGAAGGCUGGGUAGGCGAGAAAAGGGUCAUCAAGUUGCAAAAGAAGAGCACUCUCCGCAAGCUCUUGGUUGAGAUGUUUCCGAAAGUCGCAACUGAUCGUGCUGACAACGGCGAGGAGACUGGCGGAUGGAAAGACCUUGGCGAGAUUGGCGAGCAGGUGCGCGAUAUUGGGAUGGGAUGCUGCGUUCUGCGCGUGGAGGCAUCCCCGAACCCGGGCGAGGACGAUUUUAGUGAGACUAUCACUCUGCCUUUAUGGCGAAGCAUCGCCAGCUUGAACCUCAUGCUGCCCAAGGAAGACCGCAGAGCCAUGCUGCUCAGAAUUUACAAUGAGGAUGUCGAACUGAUCAACCACAGUGAUCCGAAGAGUAAGGGCUACAAGGGAAGCCAGCCUGCCGAAGAGAAUGCAAAGGAGCUUCAAGAGAAGAUCGCGGAGGAUGAUGAGAAUGCCGGCAGCGCUGUCGCCGCUGCGGAAGAAGUCGCGGACGAAGCUCCUACUGCGGACGAUGGUGCGGAAUGA